CGGCGCCUCUGACAGCGCGGAGCGAGCGGAGCGCCCGCCCAGCGCCGGCACCGCGCACCGGGACCCCCGCGCCGGCACCGCCACCCCGCACCGGCACCGCGACCCCGCACCGGGACCCCGCGCCGCGCCGAUGGAUUGAAUCUUCUGUGUUGAAUGCCUCUGGAUUUCCUAUUGGAUUUCACGUCUGGAAAAACACGUGUGAUUUAAGCCACUUUGUGGCAGACCGAAUUGUGGAUCCCGGGUUCCUAAGACUUUAGCUCUUGAGGAGAAGCCGCUGCUCGAUCACGUUAACCUGACAUCUCAGCCACGAUGGUGCUGUCACAAAGGCAACGAGAUGAACUAAAUCGAGCGAUAGCAGAUUACCUCCGUUCCAAUGGCUACGAGGAGGCCUAUUCGGUUUUUAAAAAGGAAGCUGAGUUAGAUGUGAAUGAAGAGUUAGAUAAGAAGUAUGCUGGACUUCUGGAAAAAAAAUGGACAUCUGUUAUAAGAUUACAAAAGAAGGUAAUGGAAUUAGAAUCGAAGCUGAAUGAAGCUAAGGAAGAAUUUACAUCAGGUGGACCUCUUGGUCAGAAACGAGACCCUAAGGAGUGGAUUCCUCGUCCUCCAGAGAAGUAUGCACUGAGUGGGCACAGGAGUCCUGUCACUCGAGUCAUUUUCCAUCCAGUUUUCAGUGUUAUGGUCUCUGCUUCAGAGGAUGCCACAAUAAAGGUGUGGGAUUACGAGACAGGAGACUUUGAGCGAACCCUGAAGGGGCACACAGACUCUGUGCAAGAUAUUUCCUUUGACCACACUGGCAAACUCUUGGCCUCCUGUUCUGCUGAUAUGACCAUUAAGCUAUGGGAUUUCCAGGGCUUUGAGUGCAUCAGAACUAUGCAUGGUCAUGACCAUAAUGUUUCUUCAGUAGCCAUCAUGCCCAACGGAGAUCAUAUAGUUUCUGCCUCGAGGGAUAAAACUAUCAAAAUGUGGGAAGUCCAGACAGGUUACUGCGUGAAGACUUUCACGGGGCACAGAGAAUGGGUGCGCAUGGUGCGGCCCAACCAGGACGGCACCUUGAUUGCCAGCUGCUCCAACGACCAGACCGUGCGCGUGUGGGUGGUAGCGACGAAGGAAUGCAAAGCUGAGCUCCGAGAGCACGAGCAUGUGGUAGAAUGCAUUUCCUGGGCUCCCGAGAGCUCCUACUCCACCAUAUCAGAAGCUACGGGAUCAGAGACUAAGAAGAGUGGCAAGCCUGGGCCUUUUCUGCUGUCUGGAUCCAGAGACAAGACCAUUAAGAUGUGGGACAUUAGCACUGGCAUGUGCCUUAUGACACUUGUGGGCCAUGAUAACUGGGUACGUGGUGUCCUGUUCCAUUCUGGGGGAAAGUUUAUUUUGAGCUGUGCUGAUGACAAGACUCUCCGUGUCUGGGACUUCAAGAACAAGCGAUGCAUGAAAACUCUGAAUGCGCACGAACACUUUGUUACCUCUUUGGAUUUCCACAAGACAGCCCCGUACGUGGUGACUGGGAGUGUAGAUCAAACAGUAAAAGUGUGGGAGUGCCGCUGAUGGAGUUCACAGUGACCCCUUUUCCUCUGGAUGCACUCAGAUACCAUGGUUACCCAUUGAGCUCUGUUUAAAUAAAUAUUGUCCUUUCAUGUAAAUUAUUCUGGAUGUAGAUUGAGCUUAUUAAAUGUUACACACAAAGUAUUCAUGCAUGGUGAAUCCAAAUUGUAUACUGUAAAUUUACAUACGUUGUCUAGAAGUACCAUAGGUUUAAGAACAUGGGCUGGCAUUGGUCACAUCAGACCUGAGAAGGCAGAAGUGGGAUGAUUGGAAUAGGGCACUUAACUGAAUAGUUGACAGUGUCAUUAUGUUGGAUAAUUUACCUGUUUUUCUUUCUGCUGUCUGUUGGUGCCUGAAUUGGUGACCUCAUUUGGGAAAAGUUUUGUAGGGCUCUUUCAGAAAUGUGUAUCUAUGUAACAUCACUUAAGUGUGCUUAAUAAAUCUUCUCUAAGAAUACUAGAUAAUAAGGCUGCAAUUCAGAAUCUUCUGAACCUUAUAUGUAAUUAAUGGAAAUAAAUUAAACUCUGGAAUAUUUGUCAUGAAA